AAUAGUUAAAAGCUUUGGGGGGUUUUGGAUCUUCAUCGGAGAAUGGGGAAAAAGAGGGAGGAAGGGAAAUCAUCUGUCCUGUCUUUCUGUACCUCUCUCUCGUCUUCUUCUUCGGACGCGUCUUCUCUUUCACCUCUCUUCCUAUUUUAAAAACCUUCUUCUCAUCUUCCAUCCACUCUGUCCCAAUUUCCAUUUUCCUGUAAAUUCCCUCGAACUUAAAUAAACAAUCAACAAUCAACAAUCAAUCCCCCAAAACUCCAUUCUCUUCUCUUCUUUUGCACACUCCCUCUUUUUCAGGUCCAGAUUCCCGCAGAUCCUCGCCUCUUCCCCUUUUCCCCCACCCCAUUAGCCAUUAACCCCCUUUACACAUCCCUAUUAGGGUUUUAAUUUCAUCCCCCAACUCCUCGAUCGUCAGGGUUUCGAUCGGAAUUGUUCGUUCUCUGGGAUCUUCUUCGUUUAUUAUUUGUGGCGGUUGGAAAUUUGAACCCAUUACUUGUCGUGUGGCUUGCAAUUGCUGAAUUAGAUAAAGGGUGCCUAGGGUUUUCCGCCGGACUGUUUUCUUUUAAAGAAUUCGUCUGAUUAGGGUUUUGGAUGCAAGUCUACACUGGUUGCCUAUAUAAGCGAUGUUAGGUCUGAAUUGCAACGUCUUCGCUACUACCAGCUGUUUCUUUCAUCGGGCUGAAUGGCAUCCGUUGGAAUAGCAUACUGGACUUGGGCUUGCUGCCCUUCAUCCCGUUGUGAAUCAGACAUGGAAGAUGAAGAAAGCUGCUCGUCUCAUGAUGAUAUGACCAGUCCUACACACGAAGAAGAAACCGAAUCACAUAGCCGCGGAAAAAAUUCUGAAGAGAUUUUGCGGCAUAGAACGCAGAAUGGUUUGAUUUGCCGGCAAUUUCCUGUCAAGGAGACGAACACAGUUAUUCGCUCAGAGGAUGAAAAUGGAAACAAGAUGGUCAAUGAAUAUGUUCGUGAGUAUAAGAUUGGUUCUGGUAGUUAUGGGAAAGUGGUUCUAUAUCGAAGCCGUAUGGAUGGAAAAUACUACGCAAUUAAGGCAUUUCACAAGUCACAUUUGUCAAAGCUGCGAGUUGCUCCUUCAGAGACAGCUAUGACUGAUGUUCUUCGUGAGGUUUUAAUCAUGAAAAUGUUGGAACAUCCAAACAUAGUCAAUCUGCUUGAGGUGAUAGAUGAUCCGGACGAUGAUCGCUUUUAUAUGGUUCUUGAAUAUGUGGAAGGCAAAUGGGCUUGUGAGGGUUCUGAUCCACCACGUGGUCUAGAUGAAAAUAUUGCUCGGAAAUAUUUGCGUGAUAUUGUCUCAGGACUGAUGUAUCUCCAUGCUCAUAAUAUAGUGCAUGGUGACAUUAAACCAGAUAAUUUGUUGAUAACUCUUGAUGGUACGGUGAAGAUAGGGGACUUCAGUGUUAGCCAGGUUUUUGAGGAUGCAAACGAUGAGCUUCGCCGUUCUCCUGGGACUCCUGUUUUUACUGCACCAGAAUGCUGUUUAGGUAUAACUUAUCAUGGCAAAGCCGCUGACACAUGGGCAGUUGGGGUGACCCUGUACUGUAUGAUACUCGGUCAAUAUCCGUUUCUUGGAGAGACACUGCAAGAUACGUAUGAUAAAAUUGUCAAUAAUCCAUUAUUGCUACCUGAUGAUAUGAAUCCCCAGCUGAGAGAUUUAUUGGAAGGAAUUCUAAGUAAAGACCCGAGCCAGAGGAUGACACUGGACUCCAUAGCAAAGCACAGCUGGGUGAUUGGAGAAGAAGGUCAAAUCCCACAAUACCUAUGCUGGUGCAAGCGCAAGAGUUUGAUGGUGGAAGAACAAUCAAACUUGCAACCAGAAGAAAAUGGGAGUAAAUAUGACGAUUUUGACGUGGCUCCUCCUAAUUUGUCUAUGUAGUGUCCUGGAUUUGUUCGUGUAAAUUUAAAAGCUUAGAUGGGUUUUUUCCUCUUCCCCCUUAUAUAGUUUUUUUUACCAUUUUAUUAUAUAGUGUCUUCAUCCCUUCUGUUGGUCUAUGUGAGGAUAUACAUGGGGUGCAAUUUUAUUGCCUGAGAAAUUAUGGGUUUUUUAAGAUUUCAAGAUUGUUGCUUAUUUUAAGGUUUUUUGUCAUGCA